ACUGGCAACAUUGCCCGCGUAAACAUCGCUCGUACAUAAAUUAGCUUUUAAAAAUUGUAAACCUGUGAUUUUGUAAAUAUAAUCACUAAAAUUCAUUGUACCUGUCCUAAAUAUACAGUACAAGUGUUUUCGAUGACAGAAGAUAUAUAUAAGGGUGUUUCGUAAGAAAGAAACGUUUCGUCAACCUUACGUACAAAUCAGCUGAUUAACAGCUGUGUGUUGUUUACGUUACAACUAGUGAAGUAAAAGAAGUGAAGUGUUUACGAUAUCAAUGCGGCAGAAGAAUCUGAACUUGGCAGCAAUAUUGGGUGUUUUGUAGCUAUCAAGUGUCCCCGUAAAUCACACAUCCAUCUUCGUAAUAACGGGGUGGCUUGUGUGCAGCAUUACAUUUGACUACAAGAUACCGUCGAUCAAGAAAAAAAUAUUAUUGUCAAAGGAAUAAUUUACCAAGAAAUAUCAAUAUCAUAGGAACAUUCACUUCACGUGCAAGCAAUACGCCUGGUCUAGCGGUGUGAACAAUGAAAUCAAGUACGCAGUGAAGGAGUUACCGCGUUCGAGCCCAUGGUUAUAUUCGUCAAAAUGUCGUUUUCUAUUUUUAUAUUUAUUUAUUGUUUUUUUUUUUUUUAUUUAUUUAAAGAAUAAUUAAGUCAAUAUUGAUGUAAAAUUUUACAAAAUUAGUUUAAAUUUAAUUUUUUAAUUUGCAAAAUUGAUUUUAUUGACAUGAUUUUUAGUUAUUUUGGAUUAUUAUUGUUAUCAUUCAAAUAUAUUUUAUUGGUAUUGUUUUUAAUUUGACAUAUUUAAAUGGAAUUGUUAUAGCUUUAUUACUAUUAUCAUUUUCUAAUUUUACUUUUCUACAAUAGUUAUUAACUUAGUUAGCUACAUGUUAAAGAUUUUAUAAUAUGUUUAAAAUAAUAUGUCUCACUCACAACCGCUACCGCCAAAUCCGAAUACUUUUCCUGCUGGUCUUACUCAAUGUGACGAAUGUUUACGGUAUUUUAAAGGUAAUAGGGGUCUAAAAAUUCAUACAGGUAGAAUCCACAAAGCUGAGUCAGUUCCAAAUACCCUAUGUCCUGGUUCAUCGAGGGAUAAUAGGGUUUCCGUGGUCCCGUUAUGGAAGAAACUGAGCCUUUAUAAAAACAAUUCGCCGGUUGUUAAACGAGUUCCUCGUGGAGCCAGGGUUAUGGUGGCCGAGGAACUUAAAAAAACAUUGAUCAAGUUUUGCAUGACAAUAAUGUCACAAGUUGGGAAGAUCUUUUAUCAUUUGCAUAUAGAAUUUUGCAUGUAGAUAAACAGAGCAAUAACUCCCAUUCACUUACUAAAAAAAUUAAGGAUAAUUGUAAGAAUAAUUCUAAUAAGACUUUGUUGGAUGAUGGGGUAAAUUAUGACAAGCAACAGCGUCCAUUUAAUAAAGUUGCAAAAAUUGAGGGGAAAGUGAGUGAUGGAGAUUUAAAGGGUGCCUCACAACUAUUAUUUUCAUCAGAUUCUCUAGCUCCGAAUAAUGCCGACACUCUUCUGGCGUUGAAGUCGAAACAUCCUGCACCUUUAACACCUGUUAAUGUGCCGCCACCACAGUCGUCCACAACUUUGCCUCGUGUGUCUCUUGAUGACGUUCUCACCACAAUUACAUCUUUUAAAAACGGUUCAGCAGGCGGACUGGAUGGUCUAUCCCCGCAGCAUUUCAAGGAUUUAAUCAAUGUUUCUGCUGGUGAUGUCGGGCGGUCUUUACUUAAAAGUAUAGUCUCGCUUGUUAAUUUAAUGCUGGCGGGAAGUGUACCUGACAGUAUCGCUGAUAUUUUGUAUGGAGCGAAUUUGUGUGCUUUGAUGAAGAGAGAUGGCGGUAUUAGGCCUAUCGCUGUUGGCAGUACACUGCGCCGCAUUGUAUCCAAGCUUUGCUGCAAAGAGGUUCUGCCGAUAUUGAGUGGGAUGUUCCGGCCGAUACAGUUGGGCGUCGGUACAAAGAGCGGCUGUGAAGCUGCGGUACAUGCGGCUCGCACCUUUCUUAAGGGGGGUGGUGCCGAAGUAUUGGUGAAGGUGGAUUUAAAAAAUGCAUUUAAUUGUAUCGAUAGGAAUGCUUUUCUUAAAGAAGUGAAGGAACACAUACCAUCUAUCUACCCUUACCUUUAUCAAUGCUAUGGUAAUCCAUCUAAGCUGGUUUAUAAGGAGAACCUUGUGGAAUCAGCGACGGGUUGUCAACAAGGCGAUCCACUCGGUCCGGCGAUUUUUAGUUUGGGAAUACAUCCAGUUUUGAGGGAGCUGAAGUCCAGCCUAAAUUUAUGGUAUCUGGAUGACGGAACAUUGGGAGGGGACAUUUCCACGGUCUUAAAGGAUUUAGAAUAUCUAAAAUCUGCUUUGGCCAGUUUGGGUUUAGAGCUCAAUUUUGCUAAGUGUGAGCUUUUUAUCAAUGCCUCUUGUUGUUCCGUACCAGUUUCUGACGUUUUUGCAAAGUUUAAUACCGCAGCGCCCAACAUAAAAGUUGUUGAUGAGAAUUCUCUGAUGUUGCUGGGUGCUCCCAUUUUGGAUGGAUCGAUCGACGCGUAUAUUGAUGAGCAGAUUGAUAAAUUUUCUCAGUGUUCCAACAAUUUGUUUGAAAUUAACUCUCAUAUGGCUUUGUUCAUUAUAAGACACUGUCUAUUCGUACCUAAAUUUACAUAUGUGUUAAGAUGUUCUUUCUUAUGGAAACAUAAUAAUAAACUUAAUUCUUUGGAUGAAAUGAUAAAAGGUGUUCUGUGCAAAAUAAUUAAUUGUAAUUUGGAUGACCUCUCUUGGGAGCAAUGUGUCCUGCCAGUACGUUUUGGUGGUAUCGGCGUACGUAAAGCAUCAGCUGUUGCGUUGCCGGCCUUUCUUGCUUCUGCACACGCCUCCUGUCUCAUAGUCGGUAAUGUUCUCAACCCUUGUAUGGGUUCCGUAGAGAUUGUGGGUGUGUCGGAGGCUGGAUCGGCCUGGCAGUCUUUGUGUCAGGCGGAUUUUCCUACUUUACCGCAUUUGCAGCGUCUUUGGGACACUCCGCUUUGUCAACGGAUACAGCAACGGUUACUACAGUCAUAUGAUAACAGCGUGGACAUUGCUCGUUUUCGCGCCGUUACCGAAAAGGAAUCAAGUUACUGGCUUCAAGCCUAUCCAUCGUCCAACACAGGCACGUUGUUGGACAACAACGCUCUCUCGCUAGCUAUUGGCUUACGGUUGGGGGCCCAUAUUAACGUACCACAUUUCUGUGUCUGUGGCGAGUACGUCAAUGAGCUUGGACAUCACGGACUCUCGUGCCAGAAAAGCGCUGGGCGCAUUCCAAGACACGCGUCUUUAAAUGAUAUGAUAAGAAGGGCGCUCACUACAGUCAAUGUUCCGGCUGUCUUGGAACCCAUCGGAAUUUUGAGGUCAGAUGGGAAAAGGCCCGAUGGAGUCACGCUGAUUCCAUGGUCAGUUGGUAGGUGCCUGGUAUGGGAUGCUACUUGUGUGGAUACUGUGGCUCCCUGUCAUUUAGAUGGUACUUCGUCCCGCCCCGGUUCAGCUGCAGCUUCAGCAGAAAUUACAAAAAAGCGGAAGUAUUCGGGUUUGGGGUCUUCUUAUUCUUUUUUGCCUUUCGCGGUUGAGACGAUGGGCCCUUGGGGCCCUGAAGCAAAAAAUUUUUUAACAGAAAUCUCCAAACGCUUGAAGGAGGUUACACAUGAUGCUAAGGCUGGCUGGUACUUUGCACAGAGAGUAAGUCUGGCUGUCCAACGAGGCAACGUAGCCAGUAUCUUGGGGACUGUGCCUCCUUCAAGCGCGUUGGAAGAUCUGUUCUACUGUGUGGGUUGAGUUAUGUUCAAUUAUUUUGAUUUGACUUUUUGUUAAUAAAAAAUAAAUUUAUAAAAAAAUGAAUGAUUUGCAAACAAAACGUGAACAUACCAGCGAGCUUUUGGGGGCAUUCAUUUUUCAUUAUUAGAAUGAACAUUUUUCGCUCUUUUUAUUCGCUUUUAUUAGCU